AUGACCUCGACAACCGUGGCUGCCAAGCGAGUAGCAAAGAGACUCGCUGGAAGCCAACAUUCCCUGCUUUUAAGAUCACAACCAUCGUCCAAAAACGGGCUAGCUAUAACCACUGGAUCUCUAGUAAAUGCUUCCGCUUCCACACAAUCCUCUGUCGCUACUGCCUCCUCUUCCUCAACCGUAUCCCACUCGUCGCUAAAACAAUCAACCUCCUCGUUUCGAAGGUCGGGUGCAGCCGCUACUACUGGAAGCACUACUUCCAAUAAUGCUAAUAAUGCUAGUACCGUCGCAACUGGUCCUACAAACGCUCCCUCAAGGAGUACUAGUCCUCUGCCUUCGUCUGCUUCCACUUCUGCUAGUCGAAAGAACAACAUACAUGCAGCCUCAAAACCCGUCUUGGACAGGUUACAAACAACAGGUACAACCUCAACGUCCACAAACCCAUCAUCGCCAACACAGCCCACCAAUAAUUCCUUUUCGCAACAUCGUAAAUGGUCGGCAACUAGUGCUUCCACAUAUCAUACAUUCGCGCAUCCUGUAACACCAGCCUCAUCUGCUACCUCAUCGUCCUCAUCUGCGUCAUUUGGAUCUACCUCAUCGUCUUCCUCGUCAUCCGCAGCUCCUUGCUCUGCUUCAACUAGCUUGAAAUCAUCAUAUCAUACGCGAGCCAUAGCAUUACCCGUGUCUGCCAUUGGUAAUAAUAAUGAUGGGGUGCCGUGGUUUGAUAAACAGUCGGCGUCUAGCAUAUUUGAGCUGUUUGAGAAAGUCAAGGCAAUUCCACAAACUCGACGAUCAUUUAGAUUUACACACGCUGCUUCGGCUAUGCCAAAAGCAUCGAAUCAAACAGUUAUCAAUGAUGGUCGAUUUCUGUCGGUUGGUGCUGGAGAAGAUGCCUUCUUUUCUAGGCAUGAUUCUAUGGGUGUAGCUGAUGGAGUUGGUGGUUGGAGUCACGUAAAGGGAGCCAAUCCUGCUCUGUAUUCUCGUAAAUUAAUGCAUUAUGCUUCCCUCGAGCUGGAGAAGUAUGAUGACAUUGCCAACAAUGACUUUGAUAUGGAAGAAUACUAUAAUGUCGAUCCCAAAGUAAUACUUCAAAAGAGUUAUGAUGCUGUACAAAGUGAUGCUCCAAAGGAAGGUCUUGUCGGUAGUACUACAGCACUCAUUGUUGUGUUACGAGACGAUGAAUUAAGAAUCACAAAUCUAGGGGAUUGUGGAGUCAUGAUUAUCCGUGACAAUGAAUCCAUCUUUCGCACAGAAGAGCAACAACACUCAUUUAACUUCCCCUUCCAACUCGGAACUGGAUCGCAUGAUACCCCAGACUCUGCUCAAUCCUUCCAAAUCAAGGUGCAAGAAGGCGAUAUAGUUAUAAUUGGAUCAGAUGGCAUGUUUGAUAAUGUGUUUGAUGAAGAGGUCGUUGAUAUUGUAAGAUCAGUGACUGAUCGCGUAGGAGUAGCCAAGGAUGGCAAAUUAAGAAUAAGGGAUGUAGAUCCACAACGGAUUACAGAUGCCUUGAUUAGUCGGGCACGAGAGGUUGCUGAAGAUACGAGAUUCGCAGCUAGUCCCUUCCAAAGUCGGGCUAUUCAAGAGGGGUUGUAUUAUCAGGGCGGUAAAUUGGAUGAUAUUUCUGUGCUUGCCGGUGUUAUUAGGUUAAGUGAGGACUCUCCAGAUCGUCGAUAG